AUGGACAUUAAGUGUGCCGAUUUUGCUAUCAGCAUUAAGGAUGAAAUACUAUUUGCUCCGCUACCCGGAAACAAACUGUUUUCGAUUACAACAACAACAAUGAAAACGACGCCUGUAUUGGAUGUUUCCCCAAACAAAAUAUUGGCAAUUCACUUGAGUAAACAUAAUGAACUUCUAAUUAGUCUUCGAGACAGUGGACAAAGGUUUCCAGUAACAGAUUCCAGCACAAGACAAGUUGUUGUUUUCGGGACUAAUUAUAAACAUAGAUCAACAUUAGAGCGUGACAGUGCUGGGAAUAAGUUAUUUAAUUAUGUUAAAAGAAUCACAACUGAUUCGGAAAAAAACAUUUACGUAGUUGACUGGUUUGAUGACGAUGAUAGAGGAAGAAUAGUGAGCAUAGACAGAAAUUAUCGAAAAAGAUUUGUCUAUACCGGAUCAACAUUUUUCAACACACAGGAAUCACCCUUUAAUCCUGAGGAUAUUGUAGUAACAUCGAGGGAUACGACAAUAAUUUCAGACUGUAGAAAUAAUGCUUUACAUGCUCUAAAUACUAAGGGAGAAUUAUUAGGACUACAGAUUACAAGGAACUUGAAUGUGUUGUAUCCACACAGCUUGAGUAUAGACGAUGAGGGGUUUCUUUUGAUUGGAUCCAGCAUAAACAAAGACGCUCAGAUACAUAUUGUAAAAUUAUCAGUUUAA